GUGCCUAUCCCCCCCUUCUCGUUGCCCCUGAAGUGCUCUCUGUCAAGCGAGGUGAGAUAAAUUUCCAGCGCCGCUGGGACCCACAAGAGGAGACCGCAGCGGGCCGUGGCCGAGGAGGCAGAAGACCACCGCCUGCACCGCCAGGCUUGCGUAAGCAGGCCUGGACGCUCCGCUCCCAAACCGGCUGGGUAGCUUUAGGACGCAGUGCAGUGUUCGAAGGUGGCAGGCAGGCGCCGGCUGUCGGCGCCUUCCGAAGUCCACGAAGAUACCCUCCAGGUCCUGAAGAGUCCUGCAGCGAGGUGACGUUGCCUCGUGGCCCAGCCGGCCACAUGCCGCCGUUCAUGGAGGCGAUCAGCGCCACCGAAUCCACCAGCUGCUGGAGCGGCGUGGCGGGCCGUGGACAGCUGCUCAGGAAGACGCACCGCUCGUGGGCUGCAGUGUCGAAGGCGCUCACGAGCUGGGACCUGACGCAGCGCCGAGCCCUCGAGCACGGCGACCCAGUUCAGGAACGACACCGAGGCGCACUUCGGCACCAGCACCAGGGCAUGGGCAACGAGCUGGGACAGUGCGGCGCGUCGACGGGUACCCCCUGGCGGUAGUCGAAGCCACAGUUGCCGUCCACGAUGGUCCCGCCUGGGACGAAGCGGUCGUUGCCGAGCAGGCUCACCAGGCAGCCGGCGCGCGCGCCCGCGGGGUCUGCAGGCACCGCGGCCAGCAGGUCCAGGAGUGCCUGCUCCCCUGCAUGUCGCCGCCGUCGGCAAAAGCUCGUGCUAGUCGAAGCAGAGCGAGCGCUGCCCAUCGGCCAACCUGGCG